CUCUGUACUGUUGACCGGAAACAACAGUCAGCCUGAGCAGCUUAAACCAAGAGCACAUCUUACCUACAGCUACUUCUCCUGGGUUCAGGUAGCUCUCACAAGAUCAAGCAUUGAUAGAGAAAGGAUUUUGGGUUGUGGUAACAUGGCAUCUCUCAAAACGGUGCUUUAUCUGGGAGUCUGGCUGUCUGCUUGGAUCAUCACUACUGCAGAUGAGAACUUUGUGCCUAAAGCGGAGAAUGUACGUUGGGUGUCUCUGGACUUUAAAACCAUCCUCGUCUGGACUACUAACGCUUCUGAUUACAAAUACACUGUCUCGUACCAUAGUGAGGAGCCUGAAUGGAGUCAGAGUCCCGACUGCAUCCGAAUGUCACAUUCAGAAUGUGAUCUGACCGACCACCUCCGACCUUUGGACAGGACCUACACUGUCCAGAUCAAAACCGAGCCUGUGACCGUGGACUAUGACUAUGACCUGGAGGACUUCCCUCACAGUCCUUGCCCUCCCUUCAACCCCUAUAGAGAGACGAACAUCAGCGCAGUGAAUUUCACCGUGGAAGUCGUGGAUGAGAGCAGAGUAAUGGUCAACAUCACAGAUCCUCUGAGCGGUGUUCAUGAGCUUGGGAAGCAGCUCAGCCUCAGAGACGUUUUCAAGAAAGACCUCAAGUAUAAGAUCAGCUACUACAAGUCUGGAAGCACAGGCAAGAGAGACAUCAUAUCUAACUCCAGUACAGCAGAGGUGUCAAAGCUGAAUGCGGGACAGAGUUACUGCUUCAUGGUUGCAGCUUUCAUCCCCUCCAGACCCAAAAGCUCCCAGCAAGGAGCCUGGAGCAUCCAGUGGUGCACACCCGGAGACGAGCUGAGUCUGGCAGCGUGGGUCGGUGCAGUCUUCAUCCUGCUCACAGUCCUCGUCAUCAUCGUUACGGUGACCGUCCUCUGCUGCAAAUGCUGCCGUCAAAAAAACACGUCUCAGUCAUCGGCACCUGUUUAGUGCGUGUGUGUGUGUGUGUGUGUCUUACAAACACAGGGAGCUGGUCUCUCUCCUCUCUGUUUCUAAAAAAAACACGGUUCUACAUCGCUAUGCUCUUUGAUUACGGUGAAUUGUCGUCAUUAUUUUUCUAUUUCAUAUUUUGAUUUACAUUAAGAUGAACAUGUUCAGCUUGCUAUGACAGUGUAAGGCACACUGCAUUAUGAGCAAACAAAUGUGAACAACUGUGCAUUUCUUGUAUUCAUCCCAUGUGUGUGAACGACCUAUGUGGACUAAUGAUCAUCAGUACAUCAAGAAUCAAGUACAGCUUCAUUUUAGUUGAUCAAAUGCCACAGCAACAGUUCCAACUGGAAGAAUGAUCUAAUUAAGAUAAUUUCGAAUGUGAUUUGUGUACCUGUUACAUUGUAUGACUAAAUGUAUAACAUUCCCUCAACUUCCAAAUCUUACCUUAUCUUCUUUUAACCCGUCAUGUCAAUCCAGGUGACUGUUUCUACUCAACAUAUUUUUCACAAUUUAUUCUUUCAUUAAAAUGUCCCUUAAAAGUUCUGUCAGGAACAAAAAGAAUGAACCACCAGUGGCAGCUGCUCAAUAGAGGGCGCUAGGUCACC